AUGAAACUGAGACAAACUCAGAAUACAAUUGCAGUACUAGAAGAUGAAAAUGGAAAUAUUGUAACUGAUCAAUCCAAAAUUGCAGAACUGCUUAUCAACCAUUUUGAAGAGAAAUUUAAAUUUCAAGAGGUAAGAUUUAAUCAAAACUUCUUUCAAGAUAUUCGUCAACUGGUAAGUGCAGAUGAAAAUGCUUAUUUAGAUGUAGUUCCUUCUGAUGAAGAGGUGAAAAGAGCAGUAUUUAAACUUGACCCUGAUAGCUCCCCUAGACCAGAUGGAUUUGCAGGAUGCUUUUACAGAUAUGCUUGGGAAAUAUUUGGCAAUGACAUCACAAAAGCUAUUCAACAUUGCUGGAGAUGUGGAUUUAUACCUCAAGGUGCUUUCAUAAAAGGGAGAAACAUUCAAGAGCAAAUAGUUAUAUCCUCUGAACUAGUGAAUGAGCUGGAUGUUAAAAGAAGAGGUGGUAAUUUGGGCAUAAAAUUGGACAUCUCUCAAGCUUAUGACUCACUCAGCUGGGAGUUUCUGUUUCAAGUGAUGAGGAAAUUUGGAUUCUCUGAAAAAGAUGUUAAUUGGAUUCAUACUUUACUGCAAUCUGCAAGAAUAUCAGUACUUUUUAAUGGAGGGCAUGUGGGAUAUUUUCAAGUUGGAAGGGGUCUCAGACAAAGUGACACUUUGUCUCCUCUUCUUUUUGUUAUAGCUGAAGAUCUUCUGAGCAGAGCAAUAUCAAGAAUGGUCCAAUCAGAUAAAAGAAAUGUUAAAAAGCUAGCAACUUUACUCAAGGAAUAUCAAGAAGCCUCAGGUCAAAUUUUUAAUUUGGAAAAAAGCAAAUGCUUCAUAGGUGGAACAAGUACAUUAAGAAAACAACAAAUUACUUCUGAAUGCAGAAUGCCACUUGCUAAUUUCCCAGACAAGUACUUAGGUGUUUAUCUAACUCCAGAUAGAAUCAAAACUCAACAUAUUUGGAAUUGUGUAGAACAAAUCCAAGCAAGCUUAGCUGGAUGGAUGGAAGGGGGUGUUGGCUUGAGAAGACUAGAGAUUAUGAAUAAGGCAUUUCUUAUGAAACUUUGGUGGAAAAUACAAAACAACAAGGAAGAUUGGGCUAAAUUUUUUCAAGAAAAAUUCAUUACAAAAAAAGGGGACUGGAUUGGAUAUUAUAAGAAAUCUUCUAUUCUUCCUGGCUUGAAAUGGAUCUCUGAAGAUGUGCAAAAAUUCACAAGAUGGAUAGUUGGCACUGAAUCAAAAAUAUCAAUUUGGAAUGACAUUUGGAUAAAGGAUAAAACAUUGUGUGAAUUAUAUCCUGAUAAUGCAUAUCUUAAUGAAUUCCCUGACAUGAAAGUUGAAAACCUAAUAGUUGAUAAUGAAUGGGUUAUGCCUUCUGAACUUCUUGAUAUGGUUUCAAUCAAUGAGCUACCUGUACUCAGUUUGGAGGAAGACAAAAGAAUCUGGAGUGGCACAAUUACUGGGGAUUUCUCUGUUUAUUCUGCAGUUGAGUGUAUCAGAACAAAGUAUUCAAAAGUGAGCUGGGUACAUCAGUUAUGGAAUUACUCAAUUCAUCCAAAUAUUUCAAGCAAUAUCUGCAAACUUAUAAGAAAUAUUUGCCCAACUGAUGAAAAAUGA